AUGCAUUUCGUCUCCACCGAGGGCUCGGGCUCGGACAAACUGGCUCGAGCCCAAGCCCUGAUGCAGGUCGCCGUGAAGCGACUUCAGAAGGAGUUCUACCAGAUACUGUCGAUGAACCGGGCCCACCUUGACCCAGAGUCCGUCUCGACUCGAUCCUCUCGCACAUCGACUGGGUCGUCGUCUUCGCUGUACGACGAAGACGACGAGACCCGAGCCGCAGACGAGUCCUCGGUCUCUGAGGCCGAGGACGCGUCCCUGGCGGCCAUGUCGGACCUCCGGCUCAUAGCCGAGUGCAUGAUCUCGUCGGGUUACGCUAAAGAAUGCCUCAAAAUCUAUAUCGUGAUCCGAAAAUCGAUCGUCGACGAGGGGAUUUACAAGCUCGGAGUCGAGAAGACGAGCUCCUCCCAAAUCCACAAGGCGAGUUGGGAGGCCGUCGAAUGGCGCGUCGACACGUGGCUUAACGCAGUCCGCGCCGCAGUCAAGACGCUCUUCAACGGCGAGCGGAUCCUCUGCGAUCACGUCUUCGCGGGGCACGACUCGCUCCGCGAGUCGUGCUUCGCUGACGUCACCCGGGAAGGCGCGGGAGUUUUGUUCGCCUUCCCGGAGGCCGUGGCGAAGCACGCCCGAAGGGUGCCGGAGAUGAUUUUCCGGCUCCUCGACAUGUACGGAGCCAUCGCCGAUCGUUGGCCGGAAAUCGAGUCGAUCUUCUCCGACGAGGCGGCGGCCGGGGUCCGGGCGCAGGCGGCGAGCGCGCUCGCGCGGCUCGCCGAGGCCGUCCGUGCGGUGCUCCACGACUUUGAGACGGCGGUGCUCAAGGAUCCGUCGAAGUCGCCGGUCGCCGGCGCCGGAAUCCACGAUCUCACGGUGGACGCGAUGGCUUACGUGGCGAACCUCGCCGACUACAGCGGCGCGCUGUCGGAAAUACUGGCGGAGGCGCCGCCGGCGGCGGCGAAGAACAAGCUGCCGGAGUCAUACUUCGGUUUCUCCGACUCCGACGACUCUCCGGCGCCGGCGGUCUCUCUUAAAAUGGCCUGGCUUAUCCUCGUCCUCUUAUGCAAGCUCGACACGAAGGCCAAGCACUACAAAGACAUUUCACUGUCGUACCUUUUCCUAGCGAACAAUCUCCAAUACGUCGUCGGAAAGGUGAGGACGUCAAACCUAAAAUACCUCCUCGGCGACGAUUGGCUGGCGAGGCACGAGUCAAAGGUCAAACAGUUCGCGGCGAGGUACGAGCGGCUGGGAUGGGGACACGUCAUCGAUUCCCUCCCUUCAGAUCCGACGGCGGCGGACACGCCAGCAAAAGCCAAGGAGACAUUCAAGAAGUUCAACGCGGCGUUUGACCAGGCGUGCAGGAAGCAGGGUGUGUGCGUCGUACCGGAUAACAAACUCCGGGACCACAUCAAAGUAUCGAUCGCGAGAAAGAUAUUUAGAUUAUAUCGCGAGUUUUACAACGCGCACAAGGAGAAAAUGGAGAGGGAGAGAUUUUCUGCCUCGGUUGUGAGAUACGCGCCAGAGGAUGUGGGCCACCACCUGUCGGAUCUGUUUUUUGGGCACUUCGAGUCGUGGGGCGCUUCGUCAGUUGAGUCGUCGCCUAUGCAUUAUCGAGCUUAG